AUGUAUUCACCGAAGGUAACCUUAACACUGGAGAGGGACUUCUAUGUAGAUGAUCUAUUAAAGUCAACAAACAACAAGGAAAAUGCAGUAUUGCUUUGUAAGGAUCUCCGAAAAAUACUAGGUCGAGGUGGCUUCAGACACACAAAGUGGAUGUCGAACGGCCAAGAAGUAGUUGAUUCAAUUCCACCGGAAGAGCAAGCAAAACCGUCUGUAACUGUUAACCUAGAAGAUGGCAGCGAGUUCGAAAGAACACCCGGUCUUCAGUGGAACAUCAGAGAUGAUAAUUUCUUUUUUGAGGUACAUCUGAAAGAAAAGGCGCCUACACGAAGAGGAGUUUUAUCUGUAGCAAGCUCCUUAUAA